AUGGAUAAGGAGAAGGAUCAUGAAGUUGAGUGGCUUGAAGCUCAGAAGAUAGAGAUUAGCGUUGACUUAUUCGCUGCAGCUAAGAAACAGCUUCACUUCCUUGAAACUGUUGAUAGGAACCGAUGUCUCUACGAAGGCCCUGCUCUUGAAAAAGCCAUCUACAGGUACAAUGCUUGUUGGCUUCCACUGCUAGCGAAACACUCAGACUCAUCAUCAGUUACUGAAGGGCCUUUAGUCCCUCCUCUUGACUGUGAAUGGAUUUGGCAUUGUCACAGGCUUAACCCGGUGAGGUAUAAGACUGACUGUGAGCAACUCUACGGGAGAGUCCUCGACAACGCCAGCGUCGUAUCUUCCGUUAACGGAAACUCCAAACUAAAAACUGAAGCUUUAUGGAAAACUCUGUAUCCUGAGGAACCUUAUGAUCUAGACGUCUCUGAAAGAUCUUCAGCUCUUGAGAAUUGCACCAAAUAUGAUCUUGUCUCAGCUGUAAAGAGGCAAAGCCCAUUUUACUACCAGGUUUCAAGAUCUCAUGUAAAGAAUGAAACUUUUCUACAAGAAGCUGUUGCGAGAUACAAAGGCUUUCUCUAUCUGAUCAAGAAGAACAAAGAAAAGUCUCUAAGAAGGUUUUGUGUUCCGACUUACGAUGUCGACCUUAUCUGGCACACGCAUCAGCUUCACCCUGAAUCUUACUCUAACGACAUGGUGAAGCUUCUUGGUAAAGUGUUGGAGCAUGACGACACAGACACCGACCGAGGCAAAGGCAAGAAGCUCGACACCGGCUUCACGACCACGACUUCUCAGUGGGAGGAAACGUUUGGGAGAAGGUACUGGAAAGCCGGCGCCAUGUAUAGAGGCAACACACCUUCACCUCUCACAACUUCUCCUUUUGCUUCUUCUUCUGUUGCUUUGAGUGAAGAAGACAAAGAAGAAUUCAAGAAGUUGAUCCAGUUUCCAGAGAUUGAAGCUGUUGAGGUUCUCUUGGAGGUUGUUGGGGUGAGAAACGUACCGGAUGGUAAUAAGGGAAAGCUCUCUGUUGUGUUUAGCAAGACACAACCUGACUCUUUGUUCAGUACUGAGCGUAGGCUGUCGAUUUUCUCCGAGGUUGGGGAGAAGCAAGUUGCUUUCUUUCAGUGUGAAGCUAGAGGAGAGCUUCGUUUCCAGCUUGUUUCAUCUUCACCUUCUAAGUUGUCAGUUUCAAGAGAGCCUAAAAGCUUAGGGUUUGCUUCUUUUUCAGUAAAAGAGUUUCUGUCUCCGGUUGUUACUCAUCUCUCUGUUGAGAAGUGGUUGGAGUUAACACCUAGUAAAGCAGAUUCUAAACCGAUAAGCAUCCGAGUGGCUCUCUCGUUUACCCCAGCGACACGGUUUCCAUCUGUUUUACACAUGGUUGAGUCGAAACCGCCGUCGUGGAAAGGGUCUUGCUUUUUUCCGUUCAUCGGAAAGUCUCGUCAUGGUAAAAGUUCGACAAGUGUUGUUGAUGAAAACGAAACAGAGCUGAUCACUCUCCAAAUGAGUGAUGGAGCAGCACUUAAAGAUGACCACACUGGUCCAAGGAAAGUGAUUGGUGUGACAGACUCUGGUGAAAGUCGUGUGCUUGCAGAGUAUAAUGGAAGUUUCUGGUCUUUGUUGGACUCGAAAUGGUCACUUAAGCAAACGAACGAAGAUAAUCCAGUCUUUGAGCUUUUGGGUGCUCGAGUGGUGAAAGUUUUCUCUGGGAGGAAGCUGGAUUAUGAGCCAAAACACUGUGGAAACCGUAGAAGCGAUCAAGAUUUCAUGACUCUUGUGGAGUUCUCUAAGGAACAUCCAUAUGGAAAAGCUGUUGGAUUGUUGGAUUUCAGAUUUGGUUCCAUUGAGGCGAAGGAGAAUUGGUUGGUUGUACCAGGAAUCGUAUCUGCUUUCAUACUCAAUACUGUUUUGAAGAAAGGAGGAUUCGGUGGCGUUAAUGCCACGUCCAAAGUGGCACAAUGCGAUGGUCUCAAAGCUAAUGGACUGAAAGAAGAAAGCAAAGAGAGUAAGCUUGUGGCGACAGUAGAAAAUAAUGUGAAGGCAAACGUUACUAGUGUGGUGCCUGCAGCUGCGUCUAAGAAAGGCAGCGGUUGCGGCGGUGGUGGAUGUAGCGGUGACUGUGGUAACAUGGUGAAAGCAGAAAACGCUAGUGGCUGUGGCGGUGGUUGUAAUGGAGAAUGUGGAAGCAUGAUGAAAUCAGCGGAAAACGCUAGUGGUUGUGGUGGCGGUUGCAACGGUGACUGCGGAACCAUGGUGAAAGCAACAGAAAACGCUGGCGGUUGUGGCGGUGGUUGCAACGGUGAUUGCGGAACCAUGGUGAAAGCAACACAAAACGCUAGUGGCUGCGGUGGUGGUUGUAAUGGAGAGUGUGGAAACAUGGUGAAAGCUGCAGCAAAUGCUGGCGGUUGUGGUGGUGGUUGCAACGGCGACUGCGGAACUAUGGUGAAAGCAACACAAAACGCUAGCGGCUGCGGCGGUGGUUGCAACGGUGACUGCGGAAACAUGGUGAAAGCAGCAUAA